GCGACGGGAGUACGCCUUUACCCUCGCGUCCGAUGUACGCACACGAUUCGAAAUUCGAAUCUUAGAACGCGUAUUCUAUUUAAUUUUUAUUUCGAUCGCGUUCGUUCUAUUUUUGAAUAAUAUAAAAACAUUUUUAUAAUUUUAUAGUAAAAACUUUUUUGUGUAAUUUAAGUGUUGUGUUUCGUGGACAUAUGUGGUAUUUCAAUGAUGCUGGAUAGAUAUGGACAUUAUGGUAUCGGUAUGCGAGAGAAUGGUGAUGACGAUAUGAUUAAUAAGGACCCGAUACGGCACUGAGCAAGUAGCGGCCAGGAGGGCGAGCGGCGGUGCCACGAUGAACGCGUCGGCUGCACUCGGGAUCAAUGACUCCAGCAAUGAAGUCACAUACGCGCCCACCGAGUGGUUCGACGGCAACUGCUCGUGGGUGGACGCGGUGUCGUGGGGCUGCAACGGCUCGCUCAACGCGACGCAGCCGCGCAACGCGACCGCCACCGACGUCACGUCGCUCGUCCUCAUGGCGGUCACGUCCGUUGUCCUCGCGCUCAUCAUCUUGGCUACUAUUGUCGGUAAUGUGUUCGUGAUAGCGGCGAUCAUAAUCGAGCGGAACCUGCAGAAUGUGGCCAACUACCUGGUGGCGUCGCUGGCAGUCGCCGACCUCAUGGUGGCGUGCCUGGUGAUGCCUCUCGGCGCUGUCUACGAGGUCAGUCAAGGCUGGAUCCUGGGCCCGGAGCUGUGUGACAUGUGGACCUCCAGCGACGUGCUGUGCAGUUCUGCGUCUAUUCUUCACCUUGUUGCUAUAGCUACUGACAGGUAUUGGGCUGUAACAGACGUCGACUACAUCCACAUAAGAAACGAGAAGAGAAUCUUCACUAUGAUCUUCCUCGUUUGGGCCGCCGCGCUCGUCGUGUCUCUCGCUCCCCAGUUGGGCUGGAAAGACCCCGACUACCUCGCCAGAAUAACCCAGCAACAGAAAUGCCUCGUCAGUCAAGACCUAGCGUACCAAAUCUUCGCAACAUGCUCAACCUUCUACGUUCCGUUAACCGUGAUACUCAUAUUAUAUUGGAAGAUAUUCCAAACGGCACGAAGACGUAUCAGGAGACGAAGGGAACCGCCGCCUCCACGUCCAACAUCAGCGGACGGGGCCCCACCAUCCGGCCGUCCCGUACAAUCGGCGAGAGACAGGCGAUUUGUUAAAAAGAGAUUCCUCAAUCUGAAGAAAUGCAAUCAACGGACGCGAGCGGAGACUUUAGCGGCUGCUCUGUUACUAACAGAAGGUCAGAGCACAUCCACAGUAGACACCUUAGAUGAAGAACCCCGCACAACAGCUUUCACUAUCAACGAAAAGGUGGCACCGUCAGUGUCCCCAGAAAAGUCCUCCUCAACUGUCACGAAUGGAUCGAAACCGGAGCGCGCUAUCAUACCCGCUCCCUCUCAGAGAGAGAAGAAGGAAUCCCUCGAAGCGAAGAGGGAGAGGAAAGCUGCGAAGACCCUCGCAAUAAUCACUGGAGCGUUCGUCUUUUGCUGGCUGCCUUUCUUCAUAAUGGCGCUAGUGAUGCCGAUAUGUCAGACGUGCGUUAUCAGCGAUUACCUAGCCAGUUUCUUCCUCUGGCUCGGCUACUUCAAUUCGACCCUCAAUCCUGUGAUCUACACGAUAUUCAGCCCCGACUUUCGGCAAGCGUUCGCCCGUAUACUCUUCGGCACGCACCGACGCGGCCGUAAUAAAAAAUUCUAACGAAAAUAACACUACCGUGUACAUUGUAUAUAAUCGAGAUGUAAGGCUCUUUAAAACGGACUAUAUUUUAUCCUCUACUUGUAUUAUAUUUCGGCUUUAAACUGGCUGCACACGCAUUUAUAUGCUCGAAGCAUUAAAGUCGUUAUGUGGUUCGGCAUUCAAAAAGCGCGAAUGUGGAAAAUUUACAAAACAGAAUAAAUUCUUUUAUUGGAUAGUUUUGAAACAGUACUGUAUUUCAAUAUGAAAAUCCGCCAAAAGUUACGUUAAUUCAAUAAAAGCAAUACAGUGUGUGUAAUAUUAAUAUUUUAGCUGCGAUAUAUACGAGAGUAUUACAGUAUAAAUGCCGUAACCAACUGAUAAUAUAAGGUUGACAUUUGUUGACUUGUUAGAUGGAGUGUAGUAAAAAUUAGUUCUAUGUUUAUUUAUGUAAUCUUCAUGAAUAUGCUAUUGAAUAUGUAUCUUCAUAAAGAUAACAUAAAUAAACAUAAACCUAUUGCAACAUACAUAUUAUGUUAUGUAUAAUGUGUCAUAUAUUAUCAUUUAGUUUUGAUGUCCCAUGCUUAUAUAACCCAUGACUCACAAUAAACAAACAUACGGGAUUUCUUAAGUAGAAGAAUAAUAUUGUCAUUUGCCAUUAAAAACUAAGAAUAUGCAAAAUCAUCAAAUUGUUUUUCUUAAAUCAAUAGAACAUGUUAAAGGUACGUUCUUCAUAUAAAAUAUUAGAAGACGCCGCGCGGUUUCAUUCGCAUGGUUCCCGUUCCCGUAGGGAUACGAUGAUAAAAUAUAGCCUAUAAAUGGGCUAUCUAACACUGAAAUAAUUUUUCAAAUCGGACCAGUAGUUCCUGAGAUUAGCGCAUUCAAUCAAACAAACAAACUCUUCAGCUUUGUACUAUUAGUAUAGAUAAUCAAACGGCUGUCCGAAAUUGAGGAAACCUAAUCUAAAACAUAUAUUUUCAUCUAAUAAAUACUAUUAAAAUUCAUAAACUUAAAAUAAAACUGUUUCUGUCUCUACUGCAAUUUACAUUCGCUGUUUUGAAUGCUAAACGACGUUUACCUAACAUCGUCGAACAUUUACACGUGUGUGAAGCCAGCGUUAUGUAUGUUAUACAUACUUCAGUCUGUAGGUAGUGUAAAUAUAAGUUAGCUAAACGUGUAAAUAAUACAAAGUUAUAUGCGAUAGCAAUGUUGGGAAUUGUUUUUUAUAGUUUAUGUAGCCGCGACGGCGUCGGUCCAGAGUCCAGGUCGACACCGCCGCCCGCUCUUGCGUUGUUUCCAGUGACAUUACGAAAUAAAUAUUCAAAUUAU